AUGCGAUCUAAUCCGGUCCCUUGGGCAGUCUGGUCUUCACCUCUCUUUUUCCUUAUUGCAGGCACUGUCUGUUCUCUUUCUAUUGUUUACAAAGGCUCCCCAAACCUUGGUCUCGAUAAGAAGCCUCCAUGGUAUAUCGCGAGUGUUACUCUCGGUGUUGGCUUCGGCCUCUUCGUCUUAUCGGCAAUUUUUUUCGUCCCUUACGUUCACGGCAAGGUCAUUAAGAAAGACUACACCCUCAAGCUAUACCACGUCUUUCUUGGACCUCUGUUAUUUAAGCGUCCCGCUCCUGCCGAUGCUGAGCGUGCUAAGGUGCCUAAUUAUGCUGUCUUGCAACAUGGCGGCGAAGAUGACCAGGACGAGAACAACAGUGGCUUGCAAAUUCCCGAGAAAACCGCCGAUAAGAUUGGAGACCACGACAAGAGCAGUUCUGAUGAUGUUAACGCAGUGACAUCCGUGCCAGCACCUAUUAUUGCCAUCGCCGAUAGUGAGAAGGGCGAUGCGACAGUUGCUCUCAACCCCAAUGAGCAAUACAAGUUGCUUCUCAAAAAGGCCCGUGAACGCCAUCACCAGGGGCUGCGCCAAAAGCGUGGGCCACUUGGGUGGGCAAUGCGUGUGUUGCACGAUAACCCUUUGGGUGCGGGAAGCAUCUACGAGCUACACAACCUGAAGUCUCUCUUGAUUCGCUUCCCUGCCAUGAUCGUUGUUGCUUUAACAUACGGUCUGCACUAUGAUAUACAUAAGGCUCAAGUCGGUGUUCUUGGUACUCCCGAAGGCCGUCGAAUGGACCGUGUCUAUGCACACGCACCCAAAUACGCUAAUGAAGUCGAAUACCUGUACUCCUUCGUGCAGAUUAUCACGGCCUGUACUGCAUCUUUUGCCCAUGGGGCCAAUGAUGUCGGCAAUGCUGUCGGUGUGUGGGCCGGGAUGUACGCUGCUUGGUCUACUGGCAGAACUGCUGCUUCGAAGGAGCAUGUCCCUCUCUGGCAAAUUGCAGUUGUUGCUCUGACUAUUUGUAUUGGUUUCAUCACCUAUGGAUACAACAUUAUGAAAGUCAUGGGCAACAAGAUCACUUACCACUCCCCAUCACGUGGUUCCUCCAUGGAGAUGGGUGCGGCGAUUACUAUUUUGAUAUUCUCCCAGUACUCCUUGCCUGUCUCGACGUCCAUGUGUAUUACUGGUGCCACUGUUGGUGUUGGUCUCUGUAAUGGAACCUUCAAGGCCGUCAAUUGGCAGAGAGUUGGACUUCUCUUCUUCUCCUGGGUUAUGACUAUCCCUAUUGCUGGGCUCAUUGGUGGUGGUCUCAUGGGUCUCGCUGUCAACACACCCUCUUGGUAA